AUGACACAAACAUUGGACGGAGUAGAGCGUCAUUUAUUUACGUACGGAAUAUCCUCUGUAUAUAAUAAAUGGGUUUAUCAUGGAGAAGCAACGAACUUAGCUCGAUUUGAACAGGGUGCUACUUCAUCAAAAGGUGAUACAUUAAGUAGAGAGGUUAAUGUUGGCGACGAGGACGAUGGUAUUUUAGAUCUUUUAAAUGAUUUGCAAGGAUCAAUGAUAGUAAGGGAAGAAAAUUUUGAUGAUGGGGAUGGUUUUGAUGAUGAAUUUCCUGAAGAUGUCGAUGAAAUGGAUACUAGUAACAUUUUUGAGGAGUUGAUGAAGGAAGCACGUAACCCGUUGUAUCAUGGAUGUACCAAAUUUUCAUCGUUGAAUUUUUUGGUGAAGUUAAUGCAUAUCAAAGUUUUGAAUAAUUGGAGCAACAAAUCGUUUGAUAUGCUACUAGAAUUGUUGAAAGAUGCAUUUCCAGUCGGUACAUAUAUACCUAAAUCAUUUUACGAAGCUAAGAGAAAAUUAUGUGAUUUAGGGUUAGGAUAUGAUUCCAUCCACGCUUGUAAAUAUGACUGUGUACUAUUUCGAAAAGAAUUUGCUAAUUGUCAAAGUUGUCCAGUAUGUGGUGAAUCUCGAUAUAAAACAAAUAGUGGAAAAGGAAAGAAGAUUCCAAAUAAGGUUUUGCGUCACUUUCCAUUAAUUCCAAGGUUGAAACGAUUGUUUUUAUCAAAACAUAUUGCUUCUGAGAUGAGAUGGCAUAAGGAUAAACGAGUUGACACAGAGGAUGUUUUACGACAUCCAGUUGAUGCUGCAGGAUGGAAGCACUUUGAUAAAGAAUUUCCUCAAUUUGCUUCAGAGCCAAGAAAUGUUCGUUUAGGCUUAGCUUCAGACGGUUUUAAUCCAUUUGGGAAUAUGAGUAUUGCAUAUAGCAUGUGGCCAGUAGUGCUUAUACCAUACAAUUUGCCCCCUUGGAAGUGUAUGAAGGAAUCCAAUUUUUUCAUGUCUUUGCUUGUACCUGGACCUAAAUCUCCUGGAGAAGAGCUUGAUGUAUAUUUGCAGCCCUUAAUUGAUGAGUUGAAAGAGUUGUGGAAUAAUGGUGUGCGGACCUUUGACUGUACAGAUGAGGAGUACUUUCGAUUACAUGCAUGUUUGUUGUGGACCAUCAAUGAUUUUCCUGCAUAUGGUGACUUGUCGGGAUGGAGUACGAAAGGAUAUCAAGCAUGCCCUACUUGUAAAGAAGAUACGUCAUCGUUUGGGAUAAAAGGAAAAAUAUCUUUUAUGGGACACCGACGUUAUCUUUCUUCUGAUCAUAUUUGGCGUCGAAGUCGACAACAUGACGGUAAAUUCGAACGCAGACCUCCACCAGUUGUAAUGAAUGGAGAUGAGAUCUUACAACAAGUAAACUCCAUCAACUUUCCAGUGUUAAGUAAGCAUCCAUCCAAGACGAAUAAGAAAAGAAAGCGUACUAUUAAUUGGAAUAAGAAAAGUAUAUUCUUUGAACUUCCGUAUUGGUCUAAACUUCUUUUGAGGCAUAAAUUGGAUGUUAUGCAUAUUGAAAAAAAUGUUUGUGACAACUUGCUUGGCACUUUAUUAAAUAUUGAUGGUAAAACAAAGGACACAAUCAAUGCCCGUUUAGAUCUAAAGGACUUGAAUAUACGAAAGGAAUUACAUUUGCAAAGACAAGGAACUAAGUUGAUAAAGCCACAUCCUACGUAUACAUUAACUGGAAGCGAAAGAAUAGACUUUUGUAAGUUCUUGAAAUCAGUUAAAUUUCCUGAUGGAUUUGUCUCAAACAUAUCACGAUGUGUAAGUGUCAAUGAUGGAAAGUUAUGGGGACUUAAGACUCAUGACUCUCACAUUUUACUCCAACGACUUAUUCCUAUUGCUGUACGAGCAUACUUACAUAAGGAUGUGUGUACAACUGUAGUUGAGUUAUGUAAUUUUUUCCGUGAUCUGUGUGCGAAGACAAUACGUGUCAGCGACCUGAAUCGUCUGGAAGCCGAUAUUGUGCUCAUUCUCUGCAAACUUGAAAGAAUUUUUCCACCUGCAUUUUUUGACAUAAUGAUACAUCUUGCAGUUCAUUUACCGGCUGAGACAAAGAUUGUUGGUCCAGUAAGCUAUAGUUGGAUGUAUCCUAUAGAGAGAAGCUUGCGUACAUUAAAACAAUAUGUACGGAACAAAGCUCGUCCUGAGGGUUCCAUAGCAGAGGCAUUCAUUAUGAAUGAAUGUUUGACCUUCUGCUCAAUGUAUCUAAUAGGAAUAGAGACAAGAUUCAAUAGGAAUCCACGAAAUGAUGACUCAAUGAAUAGACAACUUGGUUGUGGGGACUUUGAUGUGUUCAAACAGAAUGUGCGACCAAUGGGGGGGUCAGUUGCGAGGACGCUAUCUGAAGAUGAGAAGAGAAUGUGUCAUUGGUAUAUUCUGAACAAUUGUUGUCAAAUAGAAUCGUAUCGCAGCACAGAACAUUUGAGCUUGAUAAACACCAGAGGAGAGGAUGUAUUAGAUUUAUUUCGAAGGCAUCAAUUAGAAUUUCCUAAUUGGUUUAGAACUCAUAUGUAUUCAUUACGUGAAAGAGGUGAAGCAUCUGAUGAUCUUUGCUCCAUCGCAUUAGGGCCUAUUAAUGAAGUUCGCACUUACAGUGGUUGCUUUGUAAAUGGAUUACGUUUUCAUUCAAUAGAGCGUGAUAAUCGUCGGACUACUCAAAAUAGUGGAAUCAUGGCAUAUGGAGAAACCAAAGCCGACGAAACGAAUUAUUAUGGUGUAUUGCAAGAGGUCUUGGACUUAGAAUAUCUUAAGUGUAGACGUGUAUGUCUUUUUAAAUGUAAUUGGUUUGACACAGAUGUCAAGAAGAAUAAAUUUCGUUGUGAUUUAGGGUUUAAAAUAAUCAAUACUUCUCGUUUUUGGUACACUGAUGACCCAUACAUAUUAGCUACUCAAGCUGUGCAAGUUUUCUACAUUGACGAUCCAAAAUUACGCAGUAAUUGGAAAAUUGUGCAAAUUGUCCAAAAUAAACAAGUAUGGGAUAUCCUAGAAUCUGAAGAAGUAGAAGAUGAUAGAUUUGAGUUGUUAGAAGCAUGUAGUUCAAUUGGGGUUGAUGAAUCCAUACAUGAUAUCCCGUUUUGUAGAGGCGACGUUGAGCCUACUGUUGUUGAUCAUAAAGAGACAGAAAAUCAAGAUCAAUCCCGAAUUGACGAUGACUUUAUAAAUGAUGAAACUGAACAACUACAAUCUUCUGAUUCAGAUGGUAAUGAAUAA